CUUUUGUUCUUUUACAGGCAAUUUAAUUCUCUUUUCCAAAUCCACCACAAUUCACAACUUAUACCUUAAUAACUUUUAUUAUAUAUUCACUAGUAUCCUCAAAGCCCAGCUAUGAUGUUUUACUGAACUGCUGAAAUGAUCAGAAAAUGUAAUGGGAAAAAUCACCAGGAUGCUCUCUCAAUGCUAAGACGACUACAAUGUAAACAAGCGGGAUUUAACUCUAGUUUGUACCAGAAAAACAAAGCUCAGGAAUCAAGAACUCUGGAUUUUGGGAAACAAGAGCUAAUAUCCCAGAUGGGGGAGGCAGUGGAGUAUAUUAGCACAUGGACAGUAGUGAUGACAGGAUCCAUAUUUGUUAUGCUGUACAUGGUUUUUUAUGUUAGAAUCCCCCAUGGUUAUUAUUACUUAGCUGCAGAGAAGAUUACUGAUACAGAAGAGGUUGUUAAAAAGGAGCCUGUUGAAAAAAAGGAGCCAUUUUUCGCACCGCCUGUAAAAAAAGAGCCUAUUGAAAGAAAGGAGCCAUUUUUCAAACCGGUUGUUAAAAAGGAGCCUAUUGAAAAAAAGGAGCCAUUUUUCACACCAGUUGUUAAAAAGGAGCCUAUUGAAAAAAAGGAGCCAUUUUUCGCACCAGUUGUGAAAAAGGAGCCUGUUGAAAGAAACGAGUCAUUUUUCCUUCCUGUUGAAAAAAACGAGUCAUUUUUCCUUCCUGUUGAAAAAAACGAGUCAUUUUUCGUGCCUGUUGUAAAAAAGGAACCUGUUGAAAAAAAGGAGCCAUUUUUCGCACCAGUUGUAAAAAAAGAGCCUGUUGAAAGAAACGAGUCAUUUUUCGCCCCUGUUGAAAAAAAUGACUCAUUUUUCAUGCCUGUUGUAAAAAAGAAACCUGUUGAAAAAAAAGAGCCAUUUGUGACACCUGUUGUAAAAAAAGAACCUAUUGAAAAAAAGAAACCAUUUUUAGCACCUGUUGUUAAAAAAAAGCCAGUUGAAAAAAAAGAGCCAUUUGUAGUGCCCCUUGUAAAAAAGGAACAAUUUUUAAUUCCUGUUGUAACUGGCUACUUAGGGAUUAACAAUCAAUUGGUGGAGUAUAUGUCUGCUGCUGUCAUUGCUAGAGCUACAGGAAGGACACUCUGCCUUUCACCAUUAUUCAGAGGCCCUUUGAAACAUCAAGGAAGGCUUUCAAAGCACACAAGGAAUGAGAUCACAAUUCCUCUAGAGCAUAGGUUCGAUUUGAAGGAAGUCUCUAAGUUUGUGAGAGUAUCUUCCUUGACCCAAUGUGCCAAUGCCUGUGGGCAUAAGGUGGACAUGUUUUGGAAACUGAGAGCUGAGAACACAAAUUAUGAUGUUUUUGGAUCAUCUCCUAAGCCAUCCAAUUACACACCUGAAAUAAUUGAGCUUGGGUGGUCUUUCAAAAACUGGAGGUCCAGUAAGGAUAUAUCCAACCAGAUGGAGGCCAUGAAUGGGGGUAAUUGUGUAGGCGUUUCAGGGCUUUUCCCAGGCCAUGGUUGGAGAGGGGCAUUCCUGGCUGUAUCUGCAUUCCUCAAGCCUUCUGAUUGUAUUUCAGCUGCAGUUUCAGCUCUCCAUGCACGUGCCUUUGGCCCAGGCAACCCAAAUUUCCUUGGAGUUCAUUGGAGGUUUGAGGAAUCCAACUGCAAGAAUCAUGAUUUGGGUUUAUGCUUUGUGAGAUGUGGGGAUGGAUCCAUAAUCAGUUCUGGAUUGCAUUUUAUGAAGUGGAAAAAGCACCAUUGGAAUUGUAUGGGGAUAAUAACCACAAUGGAGGACAUUGUUGCUGCUAUACUUGAAAAGGCAAAGGAGCAAAGUGUAGACUCAGUUUAUCUUGCAACAGAUGGAUGGAUAAGAGGCCACAAGGCCCAAAUGCUACUUGCUAAAGUGAUCAGAGCACUUCGCAAAGAAAGAAUAAAUGUUGCAGGUCUGUGGAAAAUGAAAGGAGUUCCAAACUUCUCAGAUGGUACUUAUUUUGACUCCACUGAAUUGGGACUGGAUAAGUCUUGUAACAUAAAAACAAAUCAGAUGGUGUCCUUUGUUGAGCAGGAAAUGUGCUUAAGAACCAAAGCUUUUCUGGGGAGUGGAGAAUCCACAUGGAGUUUAUCAGUAUUCUAUGCAAGACUAGCAACCAGGAAAGCCUUUGAGAUAAUCAGAAGUGGUAGACAAGAAAGUAAUGUAAAUGAGUAUAUUAUAGAGCAACUUUUAUCUGACCAGCAUGCUUCAGGACUAAUGUGCAGGUAUUCAAUCUUUUACAACCAAAAGAAAGCGAAUUACACUGUGGAAGAGUCUCAAGAUGAAGACCCUGAUGGCUGGCUUGAUUUAGAAGCCUGCGAGAAAAGGAUUACUAAGGGUGGCCAUUGCAAUCUUGCUGUUUGCUUCUAAUUAGAAGUGUGCCCUUCUCCAUUUUUUUUGUUUCAAUUAUUGUAUAUUUAGUAUGUAUAUUGUUAAUUUUAUGAUCUAAAGGGUUAAUGUAUAAUUAUUUAAUAUUGUUAGUUUAGCUUUU